UUUAUCCUUAAGGCAGAAGUUACUUCUUCUUCCAGGAUGCUGGUCUCGGAAGCCAGAUAGCUGCUAUGGUGCUAGGUCAGGCCUCAGAAGGGAGCUGAGGGCAGGGAGUAGGCUACACAAAGAACCCAGGGACUGUGUGUGUGGCCAGAGACAUGAGCAGUGUCCCUGUUCAGUUUCUAAGCCAAACUAGGUGGGGCAAGGCAGGCAUCCGGAAGGAGUCAGCAGGCUCAGGCCAGGGCUGUGGCCCGGCAGGGAAGCACAGGACAGAAUAGGCUGCACCAGACAUAAUGCUGUGCCAGAGCCAGGAAGCCACCCUGAUCCUGGCCCUUCCAAACCAUGGUGGCCUCAUCCUCUUGUUAACUGGCAGCAAUGAGAUUAUCUUGCAGGCAUCCAAUUGCAGAAGGCAGUGGUUGGCCCUGGUCCUUGCCCUGACAAUAAAUACCACACCAGAAAGCACAACAGGCCCGAGCAUCCUGGCCUUGGCCACGGACAGCUGACCGUGAACUACUUCACUUGGUCCAACUACAUUUGUAUUUUUGCAUAGUUGCCAAGUUCAAAAGUCAAGAUGUUCCUUACACGUAGUAAGGAAACAACGGAGGUUCCCCAGGGUCAGUCUUGGCUCUGUGUUCACUACUUCUGGCCGCAAACACAGACUCCAUGAGGAAGCGAGAGGUGUGCACAGAGAGAGAGGCAUGCCUGGUGUGCACACAGAGAGAGGCAUGCCUGGCCUACAGUGCUGGGCACCCAGCUGAGCAGGUGAAAACCCUUGUGCUUCUGUUGGCUGGGAAGGGCAGUCAGCUGCUACAGGCCCGUAACAAAAUGCCAGAUUCCCCACUAGGAUCCCAAAGCAAUGAGUCAAGGAUACGGAAGCACUGUGAGGCCCUGCUGAGCAGAGUGGGAAACGACCCAGAACUGGGCAGCCCCUCACACCGGCUGGCCAGCCUCAUGCUAGUCGAGGGCCUGACAGACCUGCAGCUAAGGGAACAUGACUUCACUCAGGUGGAGGCCACGCGUGGGGUCUGGCUCCCUGCCAGAGCCAUCACCCUGGACAGACUCUUCCUGCCUCUGUCCAGGGUGUCCAUCCCACCUCGAGUCUCUGUCACCAUUGGAGUGGCUGGCAUGGGCAAGACCACGCUGGUGAGGCACUUUGUUCGUUGCUGGGCCAGAGGGCAAGCGGGCCAGGGCUUCUCAUGGGUUCUGCCCUUGACCUUCCGGGAUCUCAACACCUAUGAGAAACUGUCUGCAGACAGACUCAUCCGCUCUAUCUUCCCAAACACCGGGGAAGCUAACCUGGCGGCCAUGGCCCCAGACAGGGUCCUCCUCGUCCUGGAUGGCUUGGAUGAGUGUAAGGCACCCCUGGAAUUCUCCAAUACCACAGCCUGCACAGACCCAAAGAAGGAAAUCCAGGUAGACCACCUGAUCACUAACAUCAUCCGAGGCAACCUCUUUCCAGAAAUUUCUAUCUGGAUCACCUCCCGGCCCAGUGCUGCUGGUCAGAUCCCCGGGGGCCUAGUGGACCGGAUGACUGAGAUUCGGGGCCUUACUGAGGAAGAGAUUAAGGUGUGUCUGGAGCAGAUAUUUCCUGAGGACCAGAACCUCUUAGGUCAGGUCCUGAGUCAAGUGCAGGCCAACAGGGCCCUGUAUCUGAUGUGCACUAUACCAGCCUUUUGUAGGCUCACGGGGCUAGCCCUGGGUCACUUGUACCGCACCAGGCUGACUGUCCAAGACGGAGAGCCGCCGUUGCCUCAGACCCUGUGUGAGCUCUACUCUUGGUACUUUCGGAUGGCUCUUGGUGGGGAGGGGCAGGAUAAGGGAAAGGUAAGUCCUAGGAUGGAGCAGGCAACCCAGGGGGCUCGCAAAAUGGUGGGGACAUUGGGCCGUCUGGCCUUCCAUGGGCUGGUCAAGAAGAAAUAUGUGUUUUAUGAGCAAGACAUGAAGGCAUAUGGAGUGGACCUCGCCCUGCUGCAGAGCCCUCUGUGCAGCUGUCUCUUGCAGCGGGAAGAGACCCUGGCCUCCUCCGUAGCUUACUGCUUCACUCACCUGUCUCUGCAAGAAUUUGUGGCGGCUACAUAUUACUACAGUGCAUCCAAGAGGGCCAUCUUUGACCUCUUCACUGAGAGUGGCAUGUCCUGGCCGAGGCUGGGUUUCCUCACCCAUUUCAGAUGUGCAGCCCAGCGGGCCACACAAGCUAAGGAUGGGAGGCUGGAUGUGUUCCUGCGCUUCCUCUCUGGCCUUCUGUCCCCAAGGGUCAAUACUCUGCUGGCUGGCUCCCUGUUGGCCCAAGGUGAGCACCGGAGCUACCGGGACCAGGUGGCUGAGGUCCUGCAAGGCUUCCUGCAUCCUGACACUGCAGUCUGUGCACGUGACAUCAAUGUCUUGUACUGCCUGAGUGAGCUGCGGCGCACAGACCUGGCCUGCAGCGUGGAGGAGGCCAUGCGGAGUGGGACCUUGGCUGGAAUGACCAGCCCCCCACACCGCACUGCUCUGGCCUACCUCCUGCAGAUGUCUGAUAUCUGCUCCCAGGAGGCCGACUUCUCCCUGUGCCUCAGCCAGCGUGUCCUCCAGAGCCUGCUGCCCCAGCUGCUCUACUGUCGGAGCCUCAGGCUGGACAACAACCAGUUCCAGGACCCUGUGACGGAGCUGCUGGGCAGCGUGCUGAGUGGGAAGGACUGUCGCAUUCAGAGGAUCAGCCUGGCUGAGAAUCAGAUUGGUAACAAAGGAGCCAAAACUUUGGCAAGAUCCCUCCUGGUUAACAGAAGCCUCACCACACUGGACCUUCGGAGUAACAGCAUUGGACCGCAGGGGGCUAAGGCUCUGGCAGAUGCUCUGAAGAUAAACCGAACUCUAACUUCUCUAAGCCUCCAAAGCAACGUGAUCAAGGAUGAUGGUGUCAUGUGCGUGGCUGAGGCCCUGGUCUCCAACCAGACCAUCUCCAUGCUACAGCUACAGAAGAACCUAAUAGGGCCCAGAGGAGCCCAGCAGAUGGCAGAUGCCCUGAAGCAGAACAGGAGCCUGAAAGAACUCAUGUUUUCCAGUAAUACCAUUGGUAACAGAGGUGCCAUGGCCCUGGCUGAGGCCCUGAAGGUGAACCAGUGCCUGGAGAACUUGGACCUACAGAGCAGUUCCAUCAGUAACACGGGAGUGGCGGUGCUGAUGCAAGCCCUCUGCGGUAACCGGACUCUCUCCAGUCUCAACCUACGAGAAAAUUCCAUCAGCCCAGAGGGAGCCCAGGCCCUAGCACAAGCUCUCGGCACCAACAACACUCUGAAGCACUUGGACCUGACAGCCAAUCUCCUCCAUGACCAAGGUGCCCAGGCCAUUGCAGUAGCCGUGGGAGAAAACCACUCCCUCACACACCUUCACCUGCAGUGGAACUUCAUCCAGGCUGGAGCAGCCAGGGCUCUGGGACAAGCACUCCAGCUGAACAGGACCCUGACAACCUUAGACUUACAGGAGAAUGCCAUAGGAGAUGAAGGAGCUUCCUCAGUGGCUGGCGCACUGAAAGUGAACACAACCCUCAUUGCUCUCUACCUACAGGUGGCCUCUAUUGGUAGCCAAGGGGCCCAGGCACUUGGGGAGGCCUUGGCUGUGAACAGAAAAUUGGAGAUUCUUGACUUACGAGGAAACGACAUUGGGGUAGUUGGAGCCAAGGCCUUGGCAAAUGCUCUGAAGCUAAACUCCAGCCUCCGAAGACUCAAUCUCCAGGAGAACUCACUGGGGAUGGAUGGGGUCAUAUAUGUCGCCACCGCACUGUCUGAGAACCGUGGUCUGCAUCAUAUUAAUCUCCAGGGAAAUCCCAUUGGGGAAUCUGCUGCCAGGAUGAUCUCAGAGACUGUCAAGACAAAUGCUCCCGCAUGCACGGUGGACAUGUAAGCGAGUUCCUGGAGGACCAUGCAGAGAUUCAACUAGAAACUUCUCACCAGAGGACCUCUGGUCUCUGCAAACCUUCGUGGAACCGGAAAUGCUGCUGGGCCAGCUCUCAAGCUGGUCUCCUCAACAGAGGAAGGGAGGGCACUCCAACAGAGCUCACAGGCACCUUUCCUGCCUAGGGUCAGUCAGAGGAAAGAUGGCCGCUGUUAUGGGAUGGAGAAGGGAAGUGUCUGCUACCAAGGGGCACUCGGAGUAAAGUCCCAAAGCUCCUCAAAGUCGGAGCUGGUCCUGGCUUACACAUCCCCAGGGUCUUCACAUGACCCAACUUAAAAGAACAAAAGAAAACAAAGUAACAACAGUGUUCCUGCUCUGCACACAGCUCGCAUGCCAGUCUCUGCAGUCUUCAAGCCCACUAAGCACAUUCGCUUGCCAAAGGUGACAAUGGGUCCAUUUUUUCUUUUCUCAAGAGAAUUAGAAAGUUUCGGGAUGUGACCGUUAGAUACAUAUGGAGAAGAUAUGAGAAAUCUGGGAAGAUAAAUGAACGGUUAACGCUAAGACUCUGGAGUGAGAGUUCAGUCUCCAAGGCCCCACACUCUCUUUAAGACCUCUCAGACAUCUACCAUGCCUUGCCAUAGUUGCAGUCCAGCACACUGGUUAUCCAUUGUGAAUUAAGUGUUGGUACCGUGAUGCCAUUAUCCUGAAUUUAAGCUUUCAAGAACUCUACAGUGGCUAUGGUUUCCCCAUGGAGACAAAUAUGCUGUGCUUCCUGGGGGCUUCCUUCCAUUGUGUGACUGAAACAGGAAAACCCACAUAAACUUCACAGCUCUCAACUAAGGCUCUGAGAUAAAUGCUUAUGAAGACCACAGGGUAAGGACAGGUAUGGUGGUGCAGACCUUUACUCCCAGCACUUGGGAGGCAGAGGCUGAGGAAUCUGUGAGUUUGAGGCCAGCCUGGUCAACGUAGUAAAUUCCAGGACAGCCAAAACUACACAGUGAGACCCUGUCUUAAAAAAUGAGUAUUCAGGAGCUGAGCAUGUAGCACACACUGUAAUUCUAGUGCUUGCGGGACAAGAAAGGAGACUCAUUUGAGGGCAGUUUAAACAACACAGUGAGUUUCAAAACAAAAAUACAUGUAAGUAUUCAGAAGUUAUGUCAGUUGACAGUUGAUAGCGAGAGGCGAGGUGAUGUUCUGUAUGUAGGCAAAGAGGCAACACAUCAAGGAACUCGACAAAUGUAGUCUCAACAAAGAUUAACGUCAAGAAUAGCCUGUAAUCCCAGAACUUGGUGGAGACACGAGGAUCAGUAGUUCAAGGUUGUCUUUGGAUACAUAGUGAAUUCAAGACCAGUUUGUGCUACAUGAAAUCCCAUCUCAAGAAAACAAAGGAAAACAAGUGACUAAGUUGGGACAAGUGAACAUGUGUGACCAAGGGACAUCACUGAUGGAGUAGUUUUGCCAAAAGUGUUUGCCUGAGCCUAACUGUAGCUGUAUGGUUACACAAAGCCCACAUGCAAGGGCUGUCUACAAAGCGGGCCUGCCUGCAGAAAGAUGGUACAGCAGCCUGGAGAUUGUUUUAAAUCAGCGAAAAAAGACCUAACAAUGAAAUACAAGAUCCUUAAUUGUCUCCCAGGCUGCAGCAAAAAUACAACCUUCAGAGAACAUUUCUUGGAAACAGAAAGCGUAUUCCUCUUGGCUUUGAAGGGUAUUGUUCCUGGGUAGAGGACGCUCUUUCUUUAGGCACUUUUAUGAUGUUGUCAGUGGAGGUGGUCCUGGGCCCCUCCUGGCUGCGCCAGCAGCAGCCGCUCCAUCCUUCUUACCUUGUUUCUGCUGAAGCUGUCAGGACAGCAGUCAGUCAGCGAGCACCUGCUGGGAAAGCUUGUAUGUGGGUGUGAGGGCCAGACACAGUAAGGAGAGGGUGCCGAGAGCAAGCCUCACCAGGCCUAGAAGACCCCCUUUCCAGAAUGUCUGUCCAGAGCCCACGAUCAAGGCUUCCCAGUGUCUGGCUAGCAAGGUUUAGCUGCUUCACCACAAGGAAGCCAAGAUGUGGGUCUGGAGCUGAGAUAAACUACUAACUGGAACAGUGGUUUGGCUUUCUUCCUUUUCGUUUUUUGAUUUAAUUUUGAGCAGUUUCUGUUGCUGUCCUCUGCUAUUAGGUGUGUCCCGCUGCUUUCCCCCUCAGGCGGUUAAAAUCUGUUAGGAGGGUGCUUCGCCUUGCCUUGCUCCUCCAGCCUUCCCGCUUCUGCCUGUUUUCCACGGCACUGAACAGCAGCCACCGUUCACUCUGCUCUCUGCUGUGGUUCCUGAUAGCCUUGUGUGUUUAGCCAUAUGAAAAUUUCCCUCUCCUUUGUCUCCCCACCUCUCCUUUGCUUUAUUCUUCCCUGUCUCCCUCCCUCCUUCUGAUUUUACUAGAAUUCUGGGAGAGUUCAGAGAUAAGUGUGUUCUGUUCAUAGGUUUAUCUGGAGCCUCCCAUGACUGCACAUCUGUCAGCCAUUACUAGACAUACACACUAUACAUGUGUUAGGAUAUGUCCAAAGUAUCCCCGAUACUUGCUAUUUGUACCUCCUGACUGGCUGUCUCAGUUACAACUACACAUCUUGGAUGCCUGUCUCUUAACACUUUUCAGUACGACUUCCCCGAAGCCUUUUUAUCCUCCCAGCACCCCUUUCCACGAGUGUACCUAGUUUAAGGCCAUCAUCUGAGCUCUUCCUAUAACACUAAGCCUUGGCUGGCCCAGAGCUUCUGUAUAGACCAAACUAGCCUUGAGCUCACAGAGAUGUUUUCAGAGUGCUGGGGUUAAAGGCAUGCAUUAUCAUGCUUUCUUAUUUUGGGGGUUUGAAUAUGCUUGACCCAGGGAGUGGCACUAUUAGGAGGUGUGGCCUUGUUAGAGUAGGUGUGGCCUUAUUGGAGGAAGUGUGUCACCGUGGGGGUGGGCUGUCAGACCCUCCUCCUAGCUACCUGAAAACAGUCUCCUUCGGCUGUAUUUAGAUGAAGAUGUAGAGCUCUCAGCUCCUUCUCUAGCACCAUGCUGGUCUGCACAGUGCUGUGCUUCCUGCUGGGACUGAACCUCUGAAAUGGUAAGCCUGCCCCAGGAAAAAGUUUGCCUUUAUAAGAGUUGCCUUGGUGUCUCUACACAGCAAUAAAACCCGAAGACCUUCUUUUCUCUUUUCUUUCUCAAGGCAGGUUUUCUGUGUAGGCCCUGUCCUAGAAGGCCAUCUGUAGACCAGGCUGGCCUUGAACUCAGAGUGGCCUCUGCUUCCUAGCACUGGGACUAACGGCCUGAGCCGCUGCUGCCAGGCUGACUGAUGUUCUUUUUUAACUUAUCUCUAGAGGUUUCCAUUACUGAGCAAAAUCAGUAAUUCCAUAGCAAAAUAUAGGAAGUUCAUUUUGCUGUUCCCCUAUUGCACACCAAGCAUCUCAGCCUACGUGCCUGUCAUUUCAGUCUUUGGACACCUUUAUGCUCCUGUAGUUCUGUCCUACCUGGUCUUAAAAAACAAAAGUAUUUUUUACUAUGUGUGUGUCUGUGUGAGGGUACGUGCUUGUGAGUACAGCUGCCCAAAGAAGCUACGAGAAUGUAUCAGAUAGCCGGGAGGUGGUGGCGCACGCCUGUAAUCCCAGCACUCUGGAAGGCAGAGGCAGGAGGAUUUCUGAGUUCGAGGCCAGCCUAGUCUACAGAGUGAGUUCCAGGACAGCCAGGGCUAUACAGAGAGACCCUGUCUUGAAAGAAAAAAAGAAAAAAAAAAACCCAAUGUAUCCGAUGCCUUGAACUGGUGCUAACAGGUGGCCAUGGGUCACAUGUGGUGGGCGCUGAGCUUCUGGAAGAGCAGCACGCUUUCUGAGCCUCCGAGACAUCUCUCCUGCUCCAAUGUUUUGCCUUUUCAGGCUUAAAGGGCUCUCUGAGCCUUUCAUACAUGUUUACAAUGAGCUAUGAUCACAUACACUGCCUCCCCUUUCUGCUCUCCCCCAAACAUACUCCUGUCCUAAUUUCAUGUCUUUUUUGUUUGAUAAUCCACUAAGUCCAUAUGUACAUGCAGAAGGGGUCACCCACUGGAGCAUGGGAAACAUACCUGUGGGAAGACCCUAAAAAAGAAGAAAAAGGAAAAAAGAUUUUCUGUCUUGAAGUAGCUAUUAACUGCCAAUAGCUCCUCAGUACAGAGGGGCCUAGAGAUCAUUUCCUCUGUCUAUGUGGGGAUUUUGGCUGUCUCGAUCUUAUACAGAUCAUAUGUGAUGGAGUCUUACUUAGCCAGUUUAGGGCUGGAUCACAGAUCAUGGUAGAGCAUAAGGCUCUAAGUUCCAUCCCCAGUACUACAAAACAGAGACAGAGAGACAAUAAAAAUCCCCCAGAAGACCCAGUCCAAUCUGACUUUCACACACACUCUUCCUGACUCCUCCAGAGAAGGCUUGCUGCUUCUUACUCUGGGUUCCCAAGGUUCUAGUACUCCUGACUCUGUAUGUACCUUCCAUGUAGAUGCUAAGACUCAUUCAUCUCAGAACUAUUGUUAGCAUGACAGCUGAAAACUGUAACUGCUCAACAAAUACUUAGUGAAAAGAAAUCUGCACAGGAAAUGUACCUAUGGCAAAAUGAUUCCAUGGUCACCGCCACACAGACGCCAUGUACCAAUGUCCUGGGUUCCAAAACCGCCUUUUAUUAAUUAGUGAGCCUGGGUCUUUACCCUCCUGGCCUCCUGAGUGGCCACAACUGUGUCACACAGCAGCACUGUACUGUCUAUGUUACAGUCCCUCUGUCACUCCCACACAUUGACAGCACAGAAAGGUGGCCCAGCUGACACACGGUCAGGGUCCCUGCUGAACAGUGAGCUCCAAACCAGCCGGAGACUUGGUCUCGCUGGUCGUGGUGGCACACGCCUUUAACCCCAGCACUUGGGAGGCAGAGGCAGGCGGAUUUCUAAGUUCGAGGCCAGUCCUGUUCCAGGACAGCCAGGUCUACACAGAGAAACCCUGUCUUGAAAACAACAACAACAACAAAAAAACAAAAAACAAAACAGAGACUCGGUCUCAGGAGGCAGCAACUGAGGAAAGCCCCGCCCUGCUGCUCACACCACAGCGUGGACCUCUGAGGCCUUCCCAACUAUCAAGCCUGUAAUGGGCAGCUGCACCCCUCCCCCAAACAGAUUGGAAAAGAGAAAAUUUUGUUUUCUUCUUGUCUCAAGUAAAGAGGACAGUCUUCAUGAUUUCCACGGUUAGCCUUCUGGGUUUGUUUUACAUUUAUGUAUGUCACAUGUUUCACAUGUGCCCGCAGGCAUCAGAAAAGGGCAUCAUACGCCCUGGAACUUGAAUUAUGAACUCCAGUUUUCUGCAAAAGCAGCAAGCACCUUUAACUGGGCCACCUCUCUAGCCCUGUGACUUUUUCUGUGAUGGCAACAACAACAGCAACAAAGACACAACAACAACAAACAAAAUAAACAAAAGGAGUGCCUGGGCAGUGGCGGCCGCGUGCCCAGGCAGAGAAGGGCAGAGACAGGAAGUUUAAGUCAACCUGCUCUUCAGGAAAGUUUAUGCAGAGGCAGGAGGAUCUCUUGGUCUAUAUAGGGAGUUCCAGGACGGCCAGGGCUACACAGUGAGACGCUGCCUCAGAAAGCAAACAAACAUGUUCAACAGUGACAAAUGCUAGCUCAGAUGUAGAGGUACAAGUUGAGAACAAUGCUUUUGAGUAAAGUCUCAUUAUCUACGAA